GACUUCCUUUUAACCUUCUGCUGUUUCUCUCCUUCCACUUAAGUAGUGUGUGAAACUGGGGUAAAACAUUCUAACCUGACUCCUUACAAAUAGCUAAUUUAUAUGAGGUUGAAAUGGAGAGAAGAGUUUUGGCUCUGAGGAACAAGAUCAAAGAUAAUUGUCCCAAAAAGGAAAAUCUGGACCUUCCAAAGUGGAUGCGACAGGAGACUCUCAUGGGGCUCAGCAAGCACGCAGACAGAGAGACUGACGGAAGCUUUGACACCAACGAAAUGUUGCUUGACAUCGAGAAGCAGUUCAUGGAGGCAGCAAAGAGGGACGAUGUGAAGACCAUGAAGUAUCUUGCAAAAAGUGUGAAUGUCAACGCAAAGAAUGUGCACAACAGGACAGCCCUUCACUACGCAGUAGCUGGCAAAAACAAGGAUGCAACACAGUUCCUUCUGCAGCGCAGGGUCAAAGUGGAUCAAAAGGACAAAUUUGGCAUGGCCGCCAUUCAUCUAGCUGCCUGGUUCGGCAGUUUGGAGAUGCUGAAGCUAUUGGUCCAGGCUGGAGCUGAACAGAAAGUCGAAAAUGAGGAAGGACUGAACAUCAUGCACUGUGCUGCCAUCAACAACCACACUGAUAUUGUGGAGUAUAUUAUCAACGAUAUGCAAAUGAAAGACUUAGACAAGGAUGAUCAGUCAGGAAAUCGUCCAUUUGCACUGGCAGCAGAACAUGGAAGCCUAGAAAUGCUAAAAAUACUGAUGGAGCCAUACAGCAUGGCCACAAUGAAGCCCAAUAAGAGAGGGGACACGCCCCUGCACUUAGCUGCCAGGAACGGCCACUUGGACGCCAUCCAACUGCUGCUGCAGAGCUUUGAUACUCGGGAUGAAGUCAAUGUUGAUGGUGAGACGGCUCUGUACCAGGCUGCAGAUACCGGUCAGGAAGAUUGCGUCCUGGCCCUGCUUGAGGCUGGCUGUGACCCCAACAUCCUCACAGUGGCCAAAUGCAGUGCCCUCCACACGGUCUCAGAAAAAGGAGACUUGUCUUUGGUCCAACUCCUCUUAGAGUUCAACGCCCAUACAGAUGUUCAAAACCAGCAGCUGGAGGCGCCACUCCACCUGGCAGUGAAGAACAGUCACAUCCCUGUAAUCCAUUCUUUAAUAGUGGCAGGCUGCAACGUUAACAUAGCUGACAAGAGACUCCAGACUGCUCUGCAUCUUUCAGCGGAGCGAGGCAGUGCUGAAGUCGUGGAAACGCUCCUGAAAGCCGGAGUGGAUCUAACUCCCAGAGACAGACAAGGUAAAACUGCUCUGGGCGUGGCAGCCAGGGCAAAUGAGGUGAUCAUUGUGGACAUGAUCAUCAAAGCCGAACGAUAUUACAGCUGGAUAAAGACCAACCCAGGGCUUAAUGAAAGUGUUUACAGUGAGCAUCCGCUGACGUUUAAACUUGACCACCGGAUUGAAACCAAGCAGCUCCGCUCAACUGCCUGGCGCUUAGCGUACGAGCUGCUGAAGCCAGGAGACUGGAAACGACUGGCAGAGAACUGGGCUUUUACUAAAGAGCAAGUUUCUGCUAUUGAGGAUCAGUGGACAGGUCAGCAGAGCUAUAAAGAACAUGGCCACAGGAUGCUGCUGAUCUGGCUCCAUGGGGAGGAGCUUGCUCAGAGGAGUCCCUCCCAACAACUCUACCAGGAACUCAUCCUCAUUGGGAACAGGAAGGCUGCAGAUAAGAUUUGGGUGGAGGCAGAAAACACCAGCAGGAGUUGCUGCAUUUCAUGAUCAUCAUCAGUCAUGGAUUUCUGUAAGAAGCUUGUGAUGAAAACAUUUAUUUAGAAAACAGCAAUGUGCUGAUCAUUAAAAAAUGACUUCAUUUUAAGAAAGUAAAAAAACUGUGGCUUCUAGUCUAAAUCAUUGAUGGAUAUAAAAAUGCUUUUAUACAAUAAAAUCCACCUUCGGUUGUGCAUAAUUAAA